AUUAAAAAUAGUAGCGUGCGCGGACGCUUCAGGAGUCAGUCGUUCGUCAACCAUUUGAGCUUGCUCGCUCCAGCAUUAUAAUCAUUGUAGUCAAGCUCUUCAGAAUAUUUUCCAACUCAGAUAUUCACCUUUGAUAAUCGGAUUUUGACUAGAUAUUCGAAUUAUUUUUUGUUUGUGUCCAUAUUUAAAAUUCGAUAGAAUGAAGCUUUUACCUAGCCGGUGUUUUUUCAUUAUUGGUCUGUUGUCAAUUGACUUUAUCUAUGUUAAAGCUGGAGAAGACAUAAUAGCGGCAAACAACUUCACGACAAAGUCCAAGGACAGCAUUCGAAUAAUAUCGCGUUCGGAAUGGGGAGCUCAGCCAGCAAGAGAGCCACCGCGUCCGAUGAAAGUGCAGCCAGCCCCAUACGCGAUAAUCGGACAUACGGCGACGCAAUCAUGCUACAAUGAGGCCAAGUGUAAGAUGAACGUGCGAGUCAUUCAGACCUUCCAUAUCGAGGCCAAGGGCUGGGCAGAUGUCGGUUACAACUUCCUCGUUGGCGGUGACGGCAAUAUUUACGAGGGUCGUGGCUGGGACAUGGCUGGUGCUCAUACUCAUAAUUAUAAUAAUCGAAGUAUCGGCAUUGCUUUCGUCGGCGAUUUCAUUUUCAAAAAUCCCACCAAAGAGCAAGUCGAGUCCGUUAAGAAAUUAUUGGACAUAGGCGUAAAAAAUAACAAACUUACCCAGAAUUACAAACUUAUUGGGCAGAGACAGGUACAGCCUCAUACUUCGAGUCCUGGUGACAAAUUAUUUAACAUUAUAAAGUCCUGGGAUCAUUGGACCAAUAAUAGAUCUGUGGAAAUAGUUACAGUCAUACCACGUCAAAAAUGGAUUUCACAUCCAGCUGUGAAACAAGUCCUAAUAACUCAACCAGCAUCCUAUAUAAUCAUUAGCCAUACAGACACCGACACCUGCUAUACUCAGGACCAAUGUUAUAAUCAAAUAUUAGAACAUACAUUAAUGUCGGAAAGUUAUAAAAGCCGAUUUAAUGAUCUAGGUUACAAUUUUUUAAUUGGUAACAAUCAAAUAUACGAACAUCGCGGCUGGGGUGUUCAACCACAUAAUUAUUAUAAUUACAAAGAUAACAAUUGCAUCAGUAUAGCUCUUAUUGGAAAUUUUAGCGAAAUACGUCCUGUCGACUCUCAACUUGAAAAUCUCCAAAAACUUAUACAAUAUGGCAUUGAAAAAGGCCAAGAUGUCAUGCCAAUAUGGGAAAAAGUUCUCGUCCUCUGCGUACUUACAAUCAGCUUUGGCAGUCUUUACGUCGUUAUAUUCACAAAAUUUGAUUUCAAGAAAACUGCGAAUAACGACAUCGAUAUUGACACUCAUGAAUUCUGGACAAUACAAAACUUAAGUGUAGUAUCAAGAAAGAAUUGGGGUGCUCGACCUCCAAUAUCUCGCGUAGCUUUAAAAACAGCGCCACCGCGUUAUGUGAUCAUCAGUCAUACAGCCACAAGUGCUUGCUUUCACGAAGCUAAAUGUAAACAAAUUGUUCACGGAAUUCAGAACUUUCACAUGGAUGUCAACGGUUGGCUUGAUAUCGGUUACAACUUUUUAGUAGGCAAUGAUGGAAUUAUUUACGAGGGUCGUGGUUGGGAUAUCGAGGGUGGCCAUUCUCGUAAUUUCAAUACUAAUAGUAUCGGCAUAUCUUUUAUUGGUAACUUCCGGCAAAAUAAUCCUACUAAGGUUGCACUUGAGGCAGUUAACAAAUUAUUAGAAUAUGGCGUUGAAGCUGGCAAAAUAGAUAAGAACUACAGAUUACUAGGUCACAGGCAGUGCAGCAGCAUUGACAGUUCUGGCGAUGCACUGUUUAACACCAUCAAGACUUGGGAUCAUUGGUCGCUUGAAACGUGAUAUAGUACAGAUUAAAUUGAGAUUGAAGUAGUGAUGAAGGAUUUUUCAGGGGUGUUUUAUCGAUUAAUUAUUUUAAAUCGAUCAACCGAUUCAUUAAAAAUGUAGGAAAGAAUUAUCAUGCUUAUGGUUUCUCGAAUGAAGUGCAAAGUGGCUUGAUUUUCCUAAUAUUCUAUUAGUUAUCGUAAUCAUUAUUUUGCGAAAAAUAAUUUUAAAAAUUGUAUGAAAAGAAAUGUGGAAAAGGCAAAUUAUUCUCUCACACUAUCUGUUUGCGCGAAGUGCUAUUGACAUUUCUGGCUUGCCUCUGAUGUGCUCUUAUCAAUCAAUAUUUUUUACGAGAAUUUUGCUCUCUGAUAGUGACAAACAAGUGAAAGACUAUCGAGUAUGACAUUUCUGUAAAAUGCAAUUUCGAAAUGCUUUACAAACAUAGUGUGAAUAAAUUUCAUAGAUAAAAUUAACAAUAAAUUAUCGUAGACGAAUGAAUCAAAAAGUAUAUUUACAAUUAUACUAUCUUAUUCUUCAACAAUAAACAAAUAGCAAAACAGCAAAACAGUAAACAACAGUAAAAAGUAUUAAAAGAUUUUGGAUACGAAUGAUACUUACUUUAAACAAAUAUUUUAUUUAAUUAACAGAGAAUAUAUAAUGUAAAAUACGGCUUCUCUCAAAAUAUCACACACACGCACGCACACACACACACACACACGCGCGCGCGCACACACACACACACACACAGAAAGAGGGAGAGAGACUUAAAGAUCGUAAGCUUUCUUGUUAUGUUCGUUUUACUAAAAAAAUAGUUAUGAAGAGCAAUUUAUUAAUUGUUUAUCCUGACUUGUUGGAUUUUUUUUGCACAUCUGAAAGAAAUGCUACUGUCAAGAAAGUAAAAUGUAAUGUUUAUACAAAAACUCAAAGAAUAAGAUUUCAAUUCUAAAAAUAAAAAAAUCGGAUUUUUAUAAAGCUUGAAUCAGAAAUACAAAAAAGGUAUAUCAACGCAGGUAAAUACCAUGUACACACGUUGACAUAGCUUAUAUACCUAGCAUCUGAUUGGCCACAUCGAUUCUCAAGCGCUUGACGAAUGCCACGCGACCAGAUCAUCCUUCGUGCAAAUGUCAGCUUUAUUAAGCUCAACAUUGUCGGGGUAGCAUUCUUUUGCUAGUGCUAGCCGUUCGCACAAAUAGUUUUUUUAUCCAAGUAUUAGUCAAACCCUCAAAGUAUCUGAACGCUUGUGUUUUUGAAGCGAUACUUCUGUAACUUAUAUAUGUUAACGUGAAGGUAAGUAAGCACGAAACUGUGUAGUUUUCAAAUAAAAUAGAGUUCGUUUGGUUGUUCAACCGUUAUUUUUAUUUAUAAUAUUAAUAGUUGACUACACAAAAAUUUUAAUAGUAGUAUAGAAUUGAUUUGUAAAACAUAUUUGAAUAAUUUUAUUAAACUGUGUCAAACAUAUAAUUAUAAAUAUCGUGCAUAAUAUAGGUCUUAUAAUCAUUUAUUAAUUAAGUAUCAAAAAAUUGUUAAAAAUGUAUAUAGGUAUUUUAAAAAAUAGUUACAAUAAUACUUAAAAUAU